AUGGUUAAAGAGCUUGAGGGGACAUCAUUAUUCCAGAAGCAAUAUUACCAGACAACCAUCCUCUCUGAACACACAGGACUGUGCAGUUCAAAUGAAGAAUUUAAAAAUGCAAUAGAUAUUGCAUUUGGCAUUUCUUCAUAUAUAUUUCUUUUAUUUGGGGAUGUUCACAGUGUAUCAUAUACCAGUGCCAUAUAUCAUGCAGGAAAUAGCACAAUUUAUGCAUUUGAUCCCCAUUCAAGAAAUCAGAGAGGCCUUCCCUCACCUAAUGGAGCUGCAGUCCUUCUUCGUUAUAACAAUUACCAUUCCCUUCAUCACUAUUUAUCUGACUUAGCCAAAGCAGUUGGUGCUAAAUAUUAUGAGAUUGUAGCAGUUAGCAUUGACAUCACCACUCAAAGUCAUCACCGGAAAUAUUAUUCCAAAUGUGUUAAAAGGAAGCAAAGACAAAAUCAAACAGAGAAUGAGAAGAGUGAAAUAAAUGAAAAAGAGACCAGAAAAAGAAAGAUGAGACAAUUGUCAUUAAGUGAUCAAAAUUAUCAUCUGUUGAAGAAUAAAGAGGCAACAAACAAGAGAGAAAAAAGAAGAAAAUUAGAUGAAGAUGCAAUCAGAAAAGUCAGAGAAAAAGAGAAAUGUAAGCAAAAGAAAAGGAGAGAGAAACUCAGUGUCUUGAAACAGAGUUUUGUUAAACAAAAGGAUACAACCUCCAAAAGACAUAAAAGGCAAACAAUGAGCAAAGAAGAUCUUGAUAGAAUCAAACAAAAGGAGACGAGCUCCAGAAAAAAGAUUAGGCAGGGAUUGAACCAAAAAGAUUCUGACCAAAUUAGACAGAGAGAUACAAGGGUUUGUAGAAGAGAGAAGCGACAAGAGUUGAGUGAAGAACUUCGCACCAACAUUAGAGAGAAAGACACAAGCUCUAGAAGAGAGAAGAGACGAGACUUGAGUGAAGAAGGUCGCAGCAACAUAAGACAGAAAGACACAGUUUGUAGAAGAGAGAAGCGACAAGAGCUGAGUGAAGAAUAUCGCAACAACAUUAGAGAAAAAGACACAAGCUCUAGAAAAGAAAAGCGACAAGAUUUCAGUGAAGAAUUUCGCAACAAGAUCAGACAGAAAGAUGCAAGUUCCAGAAGAGAAAAACGGCAAAACUUAAGUGAAGAAGGUCGCAGCAACAUAAGACAGAAAGAAACAAGCUUUAGAAGGGAGAAGCGGCAAGACUUAAGUGAAGAAUCUUUAAACUCUCUUCGACAAAAAGAUGCUGAAAGAAAAACGAAUAAACGUAGAGCAGCUGCAUCAGACUUUGAACUCAAAUUUAGAAUGUCCAUUAAGGAAUUUCCUGAGUUUAUUUGCUGCUCUUGUCAUAAAAUGUGUUACAGGAGUCUUGUACAGCUUUUGUCUGAAGAAAAGUAUAUAAAUACUGAAAGUCAGCUACUGGAUAAAUGUCUAACAGGAAAGCACUCACUUGAUGGAAAGAGGUAUAUUUGUAAUGGAUGUCAUGCAGUAUUGAUGAAAGACAAAAUGCCAGCCACUGCAGUAGCAAAUAAUUUAAUCACAGAGGAAAUCCCUGAUGAAUUGAGGGAUUUAAGAGAGUUAGAGUGCAUCCUUAUUUCACAAAGGAUCAUAUUCUUCAAAAUGAUGAACCUUCCUAGAGGAGGACAGAAAGGCAUGAUUGGUUCUUUUGUAAAUAUUCCUGUUGAUACUGAGAGUGUGUGUUCAUCACUUCCUAGGACUCCUGAGGAAUCUGGAAUCAUUCCUUUAAAACUGAAAAGGAAACUAGCCUACAAAGGACACCACUUACACCAAAACAUACGUCCUGACUGUGUUAUGAAGGCUCUUGUCUGGCUUAUACAAAACAAUCCCCUGUACAGUAACAUUUGUAUCACAGAUGAAUGGGUACAACAGUGUCAGGAGGACGAAGACGUGUGGAACAGUUUAUUCACAGAAAAUAUAGGCAAUGAAGAAGGACAGAAUUGUCAAGAAAGUCUUUGCAGCACUUUACCGAAUUCUCACGAUGAGGAUGAAGAAGAAGUGCAUGAAGUUAUUUCAGAAGACUUAGAAUGUCCCAGAAGAAAUGACGAUAUAGAUGAAAAUGGUUCAGACAUUCAGGAGAGAGUCCGAGGAGUACAGUUUGAUACUUGUUUACAUCCAAGUAAUUUUACGCAUUCAGCAGAGAAGGAAUACUGUAUUGCACCUGGUGAGGGAAAACGUCCCUUGGAUCCUUUUCUUGACACAAAAUGUGAAGCCUUGGCCUUUCCACAUUUAUUUCCUACUGGGAAAUCUACAUUUUUUGAAGAUGAUAAUGGAAAUUCCAGAAAUGUUGCACUAACUGCCAAGAAGUACUUCAUACAAAGAAUAAUGAACACAGACAGUAGAUUUGCAUCUUCAAUUCCAUAUCUGUUUUAUGCUCUAAAUGUCUGUGAAAAACAACAAGUACGGAAUUCACUCAAUAUUGCAUUGCGAAAAGCGAGACGAAUGGACAUAUCUGUUGGUGAAUUGAGGAAUCCUACAAGAAUACAUGAGAUAUUUGUCAAGGACCAAGCUUUCCAGUUUCUUCAACAAGUACGAGGCUCACCAUCAUACUGGCAGCGUGCACAGUAUGAACUUUUAGCAAUGGUUCGUGCAAAGGGUGUCUUCACUUGGUUUCUUACAUUGUCUUGUGCAGAUCUACAGUGGCCAGAAACAAUCCAAGCUAUUGCUUUACAGCAUGGGCACAAGUUUAGUGAAGAAGAUAUUGAAAAUAUGUCCUAUGAGGAAAAGUGCAAAUGGUUGCGACAAAACCCAGUUAUGGCAGCUAGACAGUUUGACCACAGAUUACAGUCAUUUUUUCGAGAUGUUAUCCAGUCAACAGCAGCUCCACUUGGCAAAGUAACACACUUUUGUCAAAGAACUGAGUUCCAGCUUCGUGGAUCACCCCACUGUCAUGCAGUCUUAUGGGUGGAAAAUGCUCCAGAUUUGAAAACAUCUUCUGAAGAUGAAAUAUGUAACUGGAUUGACAGUUAUAUCACCUGUGAAAUCCCCCCUCCAGAUGAUCCGUUACAUGAUGAGGUACUGAGUAAACAGCAGCACACUCAUUCUGUUGCCUGCAGGAAACAUGGCACUUCAUGCAGAUUUCAUUAUCCAAAACCACCAAGUGACAAAACUUUAUUGUCAAAUCCUGAAGCUGAUGCUUCCAUCGUCCAUUUUUCAGCUGAAGCUGCAAAAGAAGUUUUAUCAAAAGUCAAUGAUGUCCUGACUGAUGAUACAGUUAAAAUCUCAGAAUUGUCUCUUCAACAAGUCCUGAGCAUUGAUGGAGUAUCAGAAGAAAAUUAUUACAAUGCCCUCAAAUACUCGAAAGCAGGAAAAUCUGUUGUACUAAGAAGAAAACCAAGCAGUCUGAACAUAAACUGUUAUAACAGAGACAUUCUACAAGUUUGGAAGGCAAACAUGGACUUGCAGUUUGUGUGUGAUCCAUAUGCAUGCAUAACUUACAUAGCAUCUUAUGUAACCAAAGAUGAACGAGAACUGUCACAGAUGUUAAAAGAGGCGGCAAAAGAAUUAAAGGACGCAGAUAUAAAGUCUAGACUGCAAAAAAUUGGAAGUGUCUAUCUCAGCAAUCGGGAAAUAAGUGCUCAAGAAGCUGCUUAUAGGCUACUGAGUAUACCUUUAAAGAGAUGCAGUUCAAAAAUGGUAUGGAUACCAACAGAUCUUCCCGAUGAGAGAAUUGGUAUUUUAAAACCUCAGUCCUUGCUGGAUGAACUUGACGAUGAUGACACAGAUAUAUAUGCCUUAGGUAUUGUAGAAAAAUACCAAAAAAGACCAGAGAGUCCACUCCUAAAUGAACUUUGUCUUUGGGAAUUUGCUGCCUGGUAUGGUCCUUCAUCUCAGUCAAAAGACAGUGAUCUUGAUUGUGCGCACGACAUUAAUACCCUUCCGAAAGUAAUCAAGCUCAAGGAUGGUAGAGGCAUAAUGAAAAAAUACCAGAAACCUGCUAUUCCACGAUAUCAUAUGUUUUCCGUAAAUAAGGAGAGUGAAAAAUUUUAUCACCAGCAACUUAUGCUGUUUAUUCCAUGGCGAGAUGAAGCAACAGACUUGAAGGAUAAUGAUAGUGAGUUUCCCUUUCAGGGAAUGUUUGAAAUAAGAAGAGAUGAAAUACUUCAAACUAAAGCCCGCCUUGAGCAUCACAGUGAUCUGGUGGAAAAUGCUUUGAGAAACUUUGGUGUUAAUGGACCUCCUCAACAUGCUUGGGAUUGCCUUAAUCCUGAGGCUGAGCAAUCCAGAGCUGAUGAAGCAAGGCUUAUGCAGGAAGAAGAAACAAGGGAGGCAAAUGCAGUUGAAGUUGCGAGAAGACCCCUAACACUGGCUGUCACAACCAAACCUAAUGCUCUCAAGGAUGAGCAGCUGAGAGAGAUCAUCCACAGUCUUAACACAAAACAACGACAAGUGUUCACACAAAUUAUUAGCUGGUGUAAAGACACUAUUGCUGCAAAAAAUAGAGAGAAAAUGCCUCCACCAUUUUAUCUUUUUGUUACAGGAGGUGCUGGAACUGGAAAAAGUCAAGUCAUUAAAGCUAUAUAUCACCAAGCUUCUAGAAUUUUGCAGCAACCUGGUGAUAAUCCUGAUUAUCCAUCAAUACUCCUUACCAGCCCAACAGGAACAGCCUCUUACAAUAUUGGUGGAACUACCCUUCAUGCAGCCCUCCACCUUCCUAAAGGAAGAUAUUAUUCUCUGAGAUCAAAUCCCUCUAUGUUAGCAACAUUUAGACUCAGUAUGUCGCAACUAAAAAUUCUGGUAAUUGAUGAAGUAUCUAUGGUUGGAAGGUCCAUGUUUGCUCACAUUCAUCGCAGAUUACAGGAGGCAAAAGGAGUAGAAAACACAGGUGCUUUAUUUGGAGGGGUUAGCAUUCUGGCAGUAGGAGACUUUUAUCAACUCCCACCAGUCCACCAACACAAGAUCUUUGAUUUUGAGGCACUGAACCCCAACAGUAUGGAUCCAGAGGAGCUUGCUAUCAUUUUGGCAGGACUUUGGGAGAGAAAUUUUGGUAUGAUAGAGCUAGAUGAGAUCAUGCGACAAAGAGAGGACCGGAUAUUUGCAGAGAUGCUGAAUCGACUACGUACUGCUACACAUACAGAAGAUGAUGUAUGCACUCUCAAAUCUCCAAUAAUUUCUCCCGUCAGCCCAAAUUAUCCUCAUGAUGCUCUACACAUCUUUGCAACAAGAAAUGAUGUCGACCAUCACAAUACCCAAAUGUUAAGCAAGCAAACAGAAGAAAAGAUUGAGAUUUCAUCAAUUAACAAGAUUCCAAAUGUUGUCAAAAAUUUUGACAUUUCACAAGUGGUUGGAGGUUUGCCAUAUACUCUUACAUUGUGUAAAAAUGCCAGAAUAAUGCUGAUUAAGAAUCUUGAUGUGUCUGAUGGUUUAGUAAAUGGAGCAACAGGCAGAAUCUUGGACAUAAUACACAGUGAAUCUUCAUCAUCUUUUCCCAAAGCUAUUGUCAUUCAGUUUGAUAAUAGAAAAAUUGGUCGAAUAGCUAGACAGUCUUCAAAAAUUUCUCUACAAGGCUAUGAAUGCGGUGUCCCUAUUCUUCCAGCUGAAGUAAAACAAAAUGCUGGACGGUCAGACUCAUCCCCAGAAAUAACAAGAAUACAAUUCCCAGUUGUUCUUUGUUGGGCCUGUACAAUACAUAAAGUGCAAGGAGCUACUUUAGACAAAGUUGUCACAUCAUUCAAAAAACUUCGAAGUAAAGGACAGGCAUAUGUCGCUGUUAGCCGUGCUACAUCACUGCAAGGGCUUUUCUUACUUGACUUUAAGCCAGAAUUAAUAAAAGCAGAUGACACGGUUUCAAAGGAAAUGAAUAGGCUUGAUGAACAUACUUCAUCCACAACUGAAGAAUAUCAGCAACUCUCUGGUCCAUUACCCGAUAUUGUACGUGUGUGUUUUUUUAAUGUACAGUCACUUUGGACUACACACAGAAGAGAUGUUGAAAAUGACCCGUACAUAAACACAGCUUCCAUCUUGGCAUUAUCAGAAACUUGGCAGCCCAGCAUUCAGUGCAGUUUAAAGGGAUAUGAUUACAGCAUCGGCAGGGGAAGAUCAUCAGAAAAUGGUGGAGGUGUUGCCUUAUUUAGUAAAAAUUACCCUUUAAAAGAACUGGACUUGCUGAUCACAAACUGCAACAUCGAUGCCAUAGCAGCUCAAAUUCCCUUAAGUAAUGACAACAGCUAUAUAACACUUUUACUUCUAUACUGUCCACCUCGCACCACUGUCUCUCUUAUAUCCUGCUGCAUAAAAGACUUCAUUCAAAGCCAUAGAGGGGAGCAAAUAAUCAUUGGAGGAGAUUUUAACAUCAAUCUGAACAAGACUUACAAUUCCGUUGCAAAAUUGUUACAAGAAGAAGG